AUGUCGGCCGAAGCUCCAGAAUACUCCCCGUUCUUCGCUGUGAUGGGAGCCUCUGCAGCAAUGGUUUUUAGCGCUUUGGGGGCGGCCUACGGCACGGCCAAGAGUGGCACGGGCAUCGCCGCCAUGUCUGUGAUGAGGCCAGAGCUCAUCAUGAAGUCCAUCAUCCCCGUGGUCAUGGCGGGUAUCAUCGCUAUCUAUGGCCUCGUUGUAGCAGUGCUGAUUGCCAACAAUAUUACAGAGAGGGUCAGCCUCUACAAGAGCUUCCUCCACCUGGGAGCCGGUCUGAGCGUGGGCCUGAGCGGGCUGGCAGCCGGCUUCGCCAUCGGCAUAGUGGGCGACGCGGGCGUGAGGGGUACGGCUCAGCAGCCACGGCUUUUCGUGGGAAUGAUCCUCAUCUUGAUUUUCGCUGAGGUCCUGGGUCUCUACGGGCUCAUCGUCGCCCUCAUUCUGUCCACGAAAUAA